UGAGCGUGUGUUUGAGUCACUGUGGCGACUCAACACGUCAAAAUAAGACAAGACAAUCACCUACCCGGGUAAUAAAAAAGUUUAUAGAUAAAUAGUCUAAUGAGUCUUAUGUUAUAGUUUUUAUAUUUGAAAUCACAGGCGCAGAGCGACCGAGACACCAGAUUAUAAAGUUAGUGGCAUGCUAGUGCGCUGUAAGUCAUAGGUGAGGGUAACAGUCCAGACUGUGUUGUUUUCUGAUUUAUUUAUUUUUUAUUUUUAUUUUUUUUUUAUUGUACAUGCUCUUAUUUGACUGGACGCAAGAGCGGAGACUUAUGACAUUACGCACAGACCGGGAGCGGGGCUGCAAAUGGGCGGCAUAGGUGGCAACCUCUACCUCAGCAUGUUGAAUGGGGCUGAAACGCAAACUUUCGGAAAGAACACCGACAUCAGCAGUCACCUCCACCGCGGCAGCAAGGAUCUAGCCGAGUUCAAAAUGGGGAUUCAGGACGCGAGAUUUUACUACUCGGACUCGGUUCAAAGCGGGCAGGACGCUUUGGCUCUGCCGUACCACUCGGAGCAGGCGGUGGGAGGGUACGGAGCGCAGCCCGGCAGGUUUUACGCACAGACCCUCAGCAGCUGCCCGUACGGCGGCGUGCGGUCGCCGCCGAGAAGCGGAGCCGGGCAGGGUUACAUCCCGACGGCAGGAGACGGGUUUCCUACGGGCGGUAAAGACGUGUACUCCCCGUCUCCGGAGAAUUACCCGGCGAGCUUUCAGCACGGUUACCAGCGGCCGCCUCUCUAUCCUUUACCUGGGCUACAGGUGAGCGGGAAGACUCAGGCUCUGCUCAAUAACUAUCCGCUAUGGGCCAAGUUCCACAAGUUCCAAACCGAGAUGAUAAUCACCAAACAGGGGAGGAGAAUGUUUCCCUUUCUGAGCUUCAAUAUCAGUGUUCUGGAGCCAUCAGCCCACUAUAACGUCUACGUGGACGUGGUUCUAGCAGAUCAGCACCACUGGAGGUACCAGGGUGGCAAAUGGGUCCAGUGUGGGAAAGCAGAGGGCAACAUGCCAGGGAACAGGAUGUACAUGCACCCCGACUCUCCCAACACAGGAGCUCACUGGAUGAGACAAGAGGUGUCGUUCAGCAAACUCAAGCUCACCAACAACAAGGGCAGCACCAACAAUGUGGCACAGAUGAUCGUGCUCCAGUCACUCCACAAGUACCAGCCUCGUCUUCACAUUGUGGAGGUGAAGGAGGACGGCUCAGAGGAUCCCUUCCUGUCAUCCAAAGCUCAGACCUUCAUCUUCCCGGAGACUCAGUUCAUCGCUGUCACAGCUUAUCAGAAUGCAGAUAUCACUCAGCUGAAAAUAGACCAUAACCCCUUCGCUAAAGGUUUCCGUGACAAUUAUGACACGCUGUACGCUCCUCCCGACUCUGAUCGCCUCACCCCCUCCCCCACAGAGAGCCAGCAGCUGCUGCCAGGGAGCUGCUACCCCCAAGGCUACCUCUCUGAGCAGUACAUGAGCCCCCUGCCGCAGGGCCGCUUCUAUGGCCGUGAGCCUAUUGGCAUGGGCCAGCAGCACAAAGACCCAUCCUCCAGCCCCAGUCCUCACAGCCGCUGGUACCUGACACCUCAGCAGGGUGUGGCCCCCAAUCGACUUGAAUUCACUUCCUCAUAUGAGGGGGACUUCUCCGGAAACGGUUUCUACAAGCCCUUCCCCUUGCAGACAUCCGCUCACCAUGCCCUCAGCUACUACCCAGACCAUCCUUUCGCACCCACUAGCGUGUCUGUAUCAGCAGCCACCUCGGGAGGCUGGAGCACCAGCCGGCCUACCCCCCAGUACCUCAGUCACCCCAGUAAACCUGGCCCUAGUCUGGGCUGGUUUAGACCCAUAUCAUCUUCUUCCUCCUCCUCAUCUUCUUCUACGUCACCUGGCAACCCCAGGCUGCACCCUCCCUCGCUCCUCGAGCCUCUGCACCCGCCCCUGCUGCAGGACAAACCCAAAGACACUGUGGGAGUGGUGGGAGAGGACCCCUGGCUCGAACCUCCCUCUGUGAAAUCAGCAGACUCUGCAGACUCAGGCCUGUUUGAGGGAGGCGUGGGGGACAAUAAGAAGAGGAGAGUGUCACCCUACACAUCCAGCACUGAAAACUCCCCACCUCCGCGCAGUGGCGACGUCUGCGAGAAGGACAGCAACAGCAAUGCAGACUAUUUUGGCUAUUACACUCACUGAAGACCUCACACAUCACCACAGUCUCUCCCGAUGUCUUCCCACACAGCCCUCAUGGACACAUAUAAGUCUGUCCAGUCAGGUUCAGGUGCUGCAGACAGAUACCAGAACCGCAUAACAACCUCAUCUGCUAUCAUGUCACCAAAGUCCACCCAGUGUGGCCAGCCUCUCUAUGAAGUUCCCUUUCAAAAUGUCAAAUGAUUACAGGAGGAACUUUCAAGGUUACUGUCAAAUUUCGUGUCGGACAGGAGUGGAUGUGACUGAGACACUGCCCUAGAGUCACAUAAACACCAAACAGACGUACAGACCUGUGACUUAAGCCUUUGAAACAUCUGGAGAUUAAAAAAAAAAAAGAUCUGCAUAUCUGCUUGUUGACAGACGCCUGCAGGGAUUGUCUGUUCUUUCUGCAUCAAACAUUCUCUCUGUCUCUUUUGCUCUGUCUUGUCUCUGUCUGUCUCUUCCUUCUCACACUCAGCCAUUCACACAUACUCUAAAUAUGCUCACAUUCAUUUCCCCUGAUCACUGUGAGCAGAAAGUACAUUUCACUUGCUCAGUCUUCUCCCCCUGAUCUAGGCCCAAGUCAUUUACUACAGCUCCCACUAGUGGCAACAGAGGAGCAUUGCAGGCUGAUAGUGCAGAGACCAGAGUGUCUAAGUGAACUGAUGUCAGGGGGUUAAGAGAGCUUAAGAAGCACAUGCUCUGAAGUAAGGCCGCUAAUCUGUCUCAACCCUGCUCGAACAAUCUUUUGUGUGUAUUUCUGUAUACAUGUUGCUGUUAAGUAAAUCAGCAAACACAGCAGAAAUAGCAAGUCUGAAUCCAACAUAUCUCACAAGUUUAAAGGAAAGUUGAUGGAAAUAACUCAAGAUUGAUACUUAAUAUGAAUACGCAUAACAGAAAUGUUUGUCCAACCUCACUAACCAAUGUUUUAAGAGUGGAUCUUACAGAGGAAAGUUAUCAUUUAGCUUAAUUAGAGUUAAGCUGAUUUGUAGUUUAAACAGUUAGACAGCAUCUCAGGUCUGAGGACUUGCUGCUUUUUUGUCAUACAUGGUAGUAAACUGAAUAUCUUUGGGAUUUGGACUGCUGGUGGGACAAAGAGACAUUUAGUAGACAAAAUUAUCAAUCAAUUAAGCUAGAAAAGAAUCAACUGGCUAAUCGAUAUUGAAGUUGCUUGAUAAGGAAUUCUCAACACAAAAUCCAAUUUACUUGUCUCCAGAGUUUUCAACCACAUCUCAUGGGCCUCUUCAGUGGAUGGAGUUGCCCAGUUACCGUGGAGAUUAUGUAGUUGUUAUCAGUGACUGGUUUUGGACUGAGGUUCACAAGCUGAUGUUCUUUUCUGGGCUUCUGUCAGUGUCUCGUCCAGGGUUAGACCCUCAGUUCAGGUGAGGAAAAACUGAGGUGCUAUCAUGGUUGGAAAGUGCUAGACAAAAACAGUUUGUACAGUAUUAAAUAUGGGUGUUUUAAAAGGCCACACUUGAAAAGCAUGGGAGAGAUACGAUCGCGUUUAAAUAUGGGGGACAACAGCGCACAUUUUCUGACAGUCUUUCCUGGAAGAUGUUCGUAGUGCUUCUGACAGAAAGUGACAUUUACUGAAAGAGCAUGCUCAAACCCAGCUUACUUUCUCACCACCAACCAAGGCGUGAAGAAGGUGUGAAUGUCAGUUUCGAAAAAGUUACGGAAAUGGUCAGAAGCAGCCCCUCACCCUCCUGAUCUAACGUCAGAAAGGUGUGGGAGGAGGAGCUUUCCGAGUUAUCGGAGAAGCGGUUCUGUCUGAAGCAUAAUGGUAGCUUUAAGUCAUGAAGGCGGUACUUCACAAACCUUCUCAAUGAGGUCUGUAAACUGCUAGAUGUGGUCUGAUGGUGUGAUGACGAGGGAGGGGAUUGUAAGUUGUAGCUCCACUUCUCCUUUUGCAUCAGCUUUAAGGUCAUUUAAAGACCUGGUUGAGUGAUCAGUAAGGUUGUGCUGCUUGGCACUAGUUGUACAACGAAGUCAGCUGCACAGCGCUUGCUUUGAUAGAGUGAAAAAGGCCUCAUUAAAGCAAAGGCUGAGCCCUCUGCUACAAUCAGUCGAUGUGAAAACGCUCCUGUCACCACACACAAAUAAAGCCCAAGAUCAAUGAGAGCAUCAAUAACGAUGUAGCUGGAAAACAGUAUUGGCAGGAGGGAAGUGUGACAGCUUUAAACACAAACACACACACACACACACACACACACCACACACACACACACACACACACACACAACUCCACCAGUGUACAUUGCAGUAUUCAGAUUAGACUACAUCAUGUAUAAACUCUUCCUCUACAAUAUCUUGGUCUUGUUUAUUUAAAUGAAAGAGAGGAUGUUAUCAUGUUGGUGCACUUGGAAGUCAUCAAUAAAAUUAUGCAGCUUCAGGCUCAUGAAAAAACAAAGUAGUGGGACUCCCUAAUCCCAAAUUCAUUUCCCUAAACAGUAGUAGAGCGACAAGGCUGCAGACAUGUUAAAAGUGGGUCAUCCAGAGCAGCCACAUAAACCUGCAGGUAAACAGACGAGGCACUGUCACCCUCAGACCACCAUAAACAGGAAGCACAAAGUGACCAGACAGACACUCUGCAUUUCCCCCCCCCAGUCCACUGGCCUAUCAUGUGGUGACACUGGUUGACAGAGGCCCGGCUCCUGGCCUAGUGACAGAAAUGAAGAGUGAGGCUGCAGUCGGCGCUGAUCAGAGAUCUGCUCCUCAUUCCUCACCAGGUGUGCUAAUGGCCUCAGACAACACUGGAGGCGACAGACAGGCACUCAUUCGGUGAUGUAAAAGCAGAGUCACUUAAGUUUUUUCAUGGGGAGAGAUGAAAUUACUUGUAUGUUUUUUUGUCUUUUGUUUUUUUGUUACUUUAAUUUUUUUUUUUUUUUAAUGAGCUGAUAAAAAUGGUACCAGUGAUCUAUACUGUAUAUACUAUUGUAUAUUUACUAUGCUCUGAUUUUUAAGCUAGGAGAACAACCACACACCCACACACGUUUAAAGUCUACUUACUUUAAUUAUUUUGGGAAAUAUUUGCUUAUUUGAGAUUUAGAUCGGAAGAUUGAUACUAAAAACUGAGCUAUAGCCAGGACCUGGUUAACUCAGCUUAGCAUAAAGACUGGAAAUGGGGAAGCUAGCCUGGUUAACCAUCGAAAAAUUGUCUGGCACAUAACCCUUCAUAAAAGCACAAAUUGUUGGCUUUAGGAGUGCUGAUUGGCAGAUAUUGUUACCCUAGACAGAGUGAGGCUGUUUCCAGUCCUUAUGCUAAGCUAUGCUAACACAUUCUUGCCUGUAGCUUCAUAUUUACCAUACAGACAUUGCUAUCAUCAUGCUUCUCAUUUAUCUCAUGGCAACAAAACAAAUAAUCAUAUUUUCCAAACUAAUCCUUCACAGUAGUCAUGCUUGACAACAGUAAAAUGAUCAAUUCACGUGCCACCGAAAAUUUUAAACAAAAAUUAAGAAAUACAACUGCUUUAAUUACUUUUUACAUUUGGGUUUAUUUUAGUAGAUCUGGGAGGUUUUAGGGACCAGGGAGAGUUUUUGGUGUCUGGUCAAUUUUGUGAAAGGGGUAGGAUUGCAUUAUGGGGGAUUUAUUUCCAUAGAUUUCUAAAAUCCUAGCUGCUGUUUGCCUCAUUUCACGUUAUACAGAAUUUACGUAAGUGCUUAAAGACUGGGACUUACACUGGCUCACUGGAAGGUAAAGGUUAUCACAAACGUGAUGCAUAUACAUAUGUUGAUGUGAAAUCUCAGCAGCAGCACUUGGUCUUAACAAUGAUGUUGAUGCAAAAAGGACAAACUGUCUGACAGUUUAGUCCUUUACCUGAGCAUUUAAAUAAUAAAGUUAAAUGGUAAUGAAGUGUUAAUUUUAUGAGAAUGGAUAUAUUGUAUGAUUACCUGGUGAAAAAAAUAUGUUUGUUGCUUGUGUAACAUUUCCAAAAAGAUGUACCAUUUAAUGUUUAUGUUGACAUCUGUCAGAGAAAGAGAUGAUAAUGUACCUGACAGAAGGAGUACAAUGGACAAUUCUUGUUUCAAGUGCAAUUAAUAGAAGGAAAAUUAGUUUAGAAUUGAUGAUAGCAUUUUAAAAAAAAAUGAUCACUGUCCUGUGGUCAAUGUCAGUUAUUUAUUUAAUGUGCUGUGAUUUUUUAUGUGGUACUCUCAGUGACCCUGCACCUACAUUGAGUGCAAGAUCUCACAUCAAACAGCAACAGUAAAAAUGCUUUCACGCGCCUCAGGAACGACCCCUGCUGGAUAUGUCAGCUAUUACAAUUGACUUCAGCCACAAAUGAACCACAAAUCCCUGAUGUUAAACCUUCCAUACCUCCAUUUCCCUCCAGUCUGUGUUUCCCUUGAACACACAUUUCUGUUGUUAAGAGACUAAGACUGUGUGUGGGUUCUGUACUUCCAGAGAUUUUACUGUACGAUAUAAAAAUAGAGGAGUGAAGAGGGGAGACCAGGCAGAUCGAGCAACAAGCAUGUUAUUUUUUUGUGUGUGAUCCAUGUGCACUGUUUAUGUCAAGGGAGCAAUAAUCCUCCUUUGACUCUUUCAUUGAGAGCUUAUAAAUUGCAAUGCAGAAACAAAUAAGAGAUGAAGAUGGGGGAAACUGUUAUUUAUUAAAGGUGGCUUAAUUGUGUAAUGUACUGUUGUUUUUUUUAUUCAUGAAAUUAAAGCUUACACAUGACAAA